GUUCACUAACACGAGGCCAACAGGUGCAUACGAAUGCCCUUUCUGUGCUCCUUACUCCGCACUCUUACCGCACUCCUUUUAGAAGACACAGGACCUCGCCCAGUUCGUCCACGCCGCGCUCAGAACAAUGCUUCUCUCGGGGUGCCUUCGCUCUUGGCAUUGCAUUGCAUUCAUUUUAAUGCUUUUGCUCUCAUCACUUAUCUCUGUUGAUGCCUAUUUUGUAGUCAAUCAGCCCGGAUCAUCCACGUCUUGGAAGAAUGGCUCCCCUUAUCCGGUUUCGUGGUCGUUGGGCUUGCAGGAUGGCUUUGAUACCUUCGAUGUCGAGUUAACGCGACUUAGUCGGGUUGGAAUUUUUUUUGUCGCAAAAGAACUGCCUGUCACUAUGAGUACCCUCAAUGUUGUCCUCGAAGACGUACCAGCAGGCGAUGACUACUUCCUGAUUUGCAUCAACUCCACAGCUGGCAUCACCUACGCUGUUUCCUCCCGUUUCUCGGUUGUGGACGCCAAUGCCACAGGGAGCAACCCAAGUCCCGCCUCAGCACCAACAGUGACCGUUAGCGGCGUACCAAAUGCUCUCACACAAUUCGCGCAAACAUUCGGGCCUUCUACGAACGGUGUUGCACGCCCGGGAUGGGCCGGUAUCAGGAACCAGGUCACAGCCAUUAGUGUGUCUGUGGGAGCUGCACUGAUCGGGGGCGUUAUGCUGCUCUACUGAUUUCUUUUAACUUUAUUACAGACUAUCUUUUGACUUCAUUACAGACUACUCCAUUUCAUCCCUGGUUUCGUGGGUGGCAAAUAUUUAUUUAAAAUUACUGUACGCAAUUGACGGACGUCCCACAUAAAUACGAGAUAUGCGCUUCGCACUGCCUUACAUAGUGGGUCUCGUAGCGAUUGACUUUAGGAUUCUCUAUGUAGUUUUGAUACCUGGUAUCGUGCAACACAAAUGUAUAUCUACGUUGCUCAAAAUGAUUUGUAUGUCGCGGGGAUGACCAGCGACAGCACGUUAUA